UAGGACCAUAAAUGUGCAAGUUUUAUACCUUAUUUUGAUGAAUUAACGUGAAAAGAAAAUGUUGAUUGCACCAAUCUUUAAAGUAGAUUAUUUAUCAAAACAAAACGAACCACAUAAUAGUAAAAUUAAGGAUGUCUCUGCAAAUGUCCAUAAUAAUCCAGCGACGACUAGUACGUAUAGUAAUAUUUUUAAGACUGCAUUAAAUCGUGGAACUGAGUUAAUUAAGAGUACAUUUUUGUCAAAAAGCACAAAUUUUUAUAACGAUUCGUUCGAGUUGAGCACAAAUGUAGUAAAUCAGGCAUCGUUGCCUGUAAAGUUGGAUAAUACAGUCAAUAUCGAACGAUCGUCGUCAGAAUCUUCAAGUUCAUCGUCUUCGACUUCAUCAAGUAGUGACCAUUCCUCAUCUCCAGACAGUAUAAAAACAGAGCUAAUGCUCUUUAAACCAAUUGUUCGAGAGCCAAGGAUAACGUCUUCAACAAAAAUUCUACGACCCACUUCAAUUCGUUCAACUUCGUCCAAUUCAACAAUCCAUACACCAUCUCCGAGUCCAUUCUUUAUUCCCAUUACGUCACAAAGACAAUCUGCAUUUAGUGUUGUCAUUCAUUUGAAUGAUACAAUUCCACAAAAAGAAAUUAAGAAGCCAAAGAGUGUAAAGCGAAAUCGUUCUAAUUGUGAGAAUAAAAAGUCUGAAGGAUUCUCUCCAAAGCGUCAGAAAGUGGAUCGAGACUCUACUUACAAUACGAGAUUAAAGACUGACAAAGAUGUUAAGGUGACGAGAAGCACUGCUAAAACAAAAAAUCAACCAGCAACAAAAGUAUUGUCUAAGAAGCAAAAAGGACGAGAUACAAAAGCAAAAGCUGGACUGACAAAAACUAAUGAAUUUCGACGGGUAACACGAAGCAUGAAGAAGACUUGAACAAAACACACAAAGGUACUUGAAUGUGCUCAAAAUUUAAUACAUUCAAUCUUCUUCUAAAUAAAUUUAUAUUAAUAACAGUGAUAAUGAAUCUUGUGACACUAAAAAUAGCAAAACGAACGAUGGAAAAAAUAAUGUUAUAAUGCCUUCUUCUUGAAUGUGUGUAGUACGUGAACUUUGCA